AUGCAAUAUCCCACCCCACCACAGAGCCCUCUACGUGGGCAACGACUCGACAAUUCCGACUCAUAUUCACCUUACGAUAACCCAUGGUCAUCAGUCUCUACCCAAAGCGAUGAAAGGUCUAUAUACCUCGCUCAAAGAGUUCCCACACCCGUCGACUCCAACCUUCAUUCCAUCUUUGGGUCUUUUGGCGAUGGGCCCAUUCUCGAGCAAAGCCUCGCGGUCAACACGACCAGAACCAUUCCUUCAGAACCACAAAACCACCACUCGCUUCUCACCGAUGAAUUGACAGAAAGAAGACAGAUAACGGCAAGAACCCUCGAACGACACAGACUCCUAUUCGCCGAGCUACACUGGCAAGCCACACACAGGACCCUGCGUCCAUUGAGCAGGGCAAUGUCAGCACCAGUCUCCCGUCGGCCUUCACAACGCAAGGCUCUUUCCGACACUAGCAGCUGUAGUCUCGGCCCCGAUUGGGCUGCGAAUCUGGGACCUGCAAUAAGUCCUGUUCAGCCCCUAUUCCCGCCACCAGAGAGAAGGCCUACACCCCCCGGUGUCCCCUCGUUCGGCUCACCAGAGGCUUUGCGCUACUCGGCCCAAUUCCUGAUGCCAGACUACCAAUAUCGCACACGAGCACCCGAUGCUUUAGAUCGUGCUAGUCCUGGUGUUCAGCGGAGCAGCUCGUUUCGUGACUCCAUAAUGAGAAUAUUGAACUACCCUCGUCCACCUCGUGAGGACGAGCAUUCCGUUCGUGACGAGCACUCCGUUCGCGGUAUAGGCAGAGCCCAAGACGGAACAGUCGUACAGGGUCGGUUCCCAUACCGACAAAGUGGACAUGGAAUGCAUAUCGGCCAACAGCUGCACAGCCAUCCUUUCCAUGGAAAUCUUGCCAUCGCACGCCCCGAAAGAGCAGAUACAAUCCAUGAUCCUACUUCAGUUGAUUCCGCAAAAGGCGGUCCGAACAGACGUGUCCAGCUUCGCCCCCGUUCCUCGUCCAUGGGAGAGAGGACAGCACCCCGUUGUCCCAUUGCUUAUAAUCCUCCACCCCCAGCAGCUGCUGCCGUGACACACCAUCAAACAGCCAAUGCAGGAAAUCAUGCUCAGUCGCGUAAUCUGCCUGAUUCGGACCGUUUGUCCGGAAUCGCUCCUGCUCCACCGUUCAAUAGUCCGGCAGAGUCUUCGCAACGGACUAGCACUUCGGGAAACAAUCCUUCCAAUCCCUCCCGAUUACGUUCUGUGUCCACGAUGGCUGCCCGUCGCGGCGGAGAUGAAGUUCUGAAUGCAGAUGCACCUGUCUAUGAAGAUGUGUUCUCCUGGGUCAAAGCACAGGCUUUUCUCUGCUGCUGUUGCUUAGGAGGUUGUGAGGAAAGGAAUGCUUCUGGUUCUAUUGGACAGAGUAGCUCGCAGGAUACUUAUGCGACUGCGCAGAGUCAAACAUCGUCUGCUGGAGCAACUGCCGGAACACCCGCUGGAGCAACUGCUGGAUCAAUUGCUGGAUCAACUGCUAAUUCACCUGCUGGUUCACCUGCUGAUUCGCAGACUGGAAGUGCUGAGCUCACUCGUUUACAGAGACUGCAUUCGUGGCUCUCGUCUGUGUAUGGGACUGUGUUCCCCGCGGAACCUGUCUCGACACCAGCUACGGGAUAA